AUGAGGAGGAGGCGGAGGAGGAGAGGCGAGAAAAUGGCGAACAGCUGUUCCGUUACUGGACUUCUCUGGUUUCUCCUCCAAACAACCCAUUUAAGCAGUUCACUUGUGUACACACCCUCGGACGCAUAUCAGGAGAGCCUUCUACGGCCCUUCCGCGCCUUCAGCGAUGUCGCCAUUUUCCACUUCACCGUCCCCGCCCAGACGUCGCGCGCCGCCUGGCAGUUUGUCGCCUUCAUGGAUGACAGGAGUUGCGUCGCCAGGCCCGUCCACAUCUACCUUCGGCACGGCAGCUACCCCGUUGUGUCGCCCGACAACAGCAGCUUCCCGCCGAACGUUCACACCCCGGGGGCGUCACACCUACGGACGGAAUCCAGGUUCCAGCCGACUGAGAUGCCGGAACUGCACGUCAUAAAUCCCCUGCCCGGCAGCUGGUUUGUGGUGGCAUUUCUUGCUGAUCUCAGCCACGAGAUUAAACAGCAGGGAAUACGUCAUAACUGCCAGUACAGUUUGGGAAGCAUGGCUGCUUGGACUCACGAGCCUAACAUCUUCUUGCUGAACGCUGGGUCUCCGUUCAACAUUACAACCCCCUCACAGCAGUACCUAUUUAAGGUGUACGCGCCAGACGGCACCUGGCAACUUGAAAUCAAGAUUUCGUCGUGCACAAAUCUUUCGUCAAACCACACGAGCACGGGUCCGCUCGACGUGCAGCACUGUGUUCAGAUGUUUGGUGUUCGUGCUCAAGCGCUGCCGUUUGCGGAAGAUGCAAACACAACGGGACUGCGAUUCUCCAGGGUCAUACAUCAACCGGAAGCAGAGGUCUACUAUUACAUCAUUGUGGAUUCGGAAAAGCACAUGGGUUACUCUAUUACCGUUGAAGCAAAAGAUUGUCCUACCCUAUGGCACCUGCCGCACAAAUCUCGGAGGCCGAGGCACCUGCCAGGUGCGGACGACAACGUUACCAUGGGAAACGAAACUACAAACAAGACCAACACCCUGUCGGCUGUCACGCAACUGCACGAAGAAAAGCCAGAGACAACCGUUGGUGCCAUAUCCGGUGGCAGCGCCCCUCAGGCUCAUUUUGUGAAAGAGAUACUGGGAGAAGAUAGCAUCCUUGCAGGAAUGCGUGGAUGUCUGCCCGUUAUCCCACUGACACGUAUCAAACAUGCGCAGGACUUCCUCGAUUCAUUUCUAGUGCAGGGACCAGAAUGGUUUUCAUCGUGGCUAGGACUGACAGAUUUAUUCCCUGUCUUAGUUAAAUUGAAUUUGGAACCCUUCGUUGAUAUUGGUGGCACAUUGCAGACAAAGAUCCACCUAGACAGCCUGGCCAAGAACUUAACGUCACAAGUAGUGGUUGUCAACAUCUGUGUUCAUCAUGCGAGACCCCCUCCCUUCAUAUUGGGUCAAGUGCAGUGUCCGGCCGACCUAUCGCUCACUCUCUCUACAAACGGUAGCUGGAUGGAAGCGAAAUAUUUUCCGUACCCAGAACCGGGCACAUGGUUUCUUUCUUUCACUGUGUCUUGCUACAAUCACUCCGGUGCGCCGUCACCAGUGCAUUGCGAGCUAGAACAAACCAUAGUGGACUUGCGCAUCCGCCUGCAGCCCUGCAUGUUUGAAGGUUCGCCCUGCGGACAGCACGGGUACUGCCAGGAAAGCCACUUCCGACAGUUUUACUUCAGUUCUUGCCACUGCGUGGGAGGCUGGAGAGGCUGGGGCUGCACUGACAGCAGACAUGCUACCCCUGCACCCAUGCUUCUCAUGAAGACAUUGCUUCUCACACUGAGCAACUUAUUCUUCCUACCGGCCAUUGUGCUAGCCACUCGCAGGCAGUUCUACACCGAGGCUGUGGUCUACGGGGUCACCAUGUUCUUUUCUACGUUCUACCACGCGUGCGACGUGGAGAUCUUCGGCUUCUGCCUCUUGCGCUACGAGGUGCUUCAGUUCUGUGACUUCUUCUCGGCCGUGCUCUCGUUCUGGGUGACCCUCGUUGCAAUGGCGGGGCUUCCACCUACGCUUACAUCUAUCUCUCAUGUACUGGGAGCUCUAGGGGUUGCUCUCGGGGUUCAGUGUCAACGCACAAGCCUGUGGGUCUUCGUUGUGCCGGCUGCUUUUGGAAUCGCGCUUCUCAUGCUCUCUUGGACGCACCAUUGUUGCCACCGUCGUUCGUGCUACCCCUCCAAACGACGGUGGCUCACCAGUCUGCUUCCCGGGACACUGCUCGCAGCUACGGGCCUGUCGCUGUUCGCGUUCGUCGAAACGGAAGACAACUACAAAUACAUCCACAGCACUUGGCACAUUGCGAUCUCUCUCUCCAUCACGUUUCUUCUUCCUGCGCAACAGAACCAUAGGGUUAACUGCAAAGGAGAGUGUGGCGUCAGCACAGUGUCACAGACUGCACACGAUCAGCAGCUUGUGCUGAACAACGAUGCCGAACUGGUGGACAUCGCCGACUACCGCCUGGAUUCAGACCUCACGUCGCUCAUCAGGGGACUACGAACGUGAGACAGGAUGUGGGGCGUAAAAAACCUGGGCAGGUUGGCAAUAGGACUGGACGUUGUCCAAGGAGCGGACAGAGGUGGAACAAUGAAGCUGGCCCGCUGGUGGUGAACUCAGGCGAGGUUCCAGUUGCCCCAGGCUCUGCGAGACAAGGAGGCAGGUCUUAAAUAUUUUGGUUGAACAAAUUUUUGUGUGCGCGAUAUACUAAUUUACUAUUUACCCCUUUUCGUUUUUGUUUGUUGCUCGACUUCAAAGUAGGGUGCGCAGUUGUAGAAAAUUUUCGUACAAAGCAACAUGCGUGCAAAGGUCUCUGCACAGUUUUGACCUCGACGCAAACUUCUGCCGCGCAACAAAAUUGGGAAUUCCGCUUCUUUUGCUUCUUGAUGUAAUAUAAUUAGAGCCUGAAGUUUUCAGGAAAUAUUUUUUUCUAAAUUCGGGGGGUAAAAAUUGGGUAAAUAAACAUGUGCACUAAAUUCAUGCGAAUUCGGGUGAAAAAACUUACAGUACGCUAAAUUCGGGGUGAAAUCGGGCUCAGUUACUCAACUAACAGUAGUGGUUUGGUACAAAUGGUGAUGUAACUGAAUUUUUCUGCCAAACAAGUAGUAAAUUAAUGCAUUCCUACAGACAUCCCAGUGAGGGCAAUUUGCCAGGUAAAAAUCGGGUUUCACCCUAAACAGGCAACCUUCAAUUCGGGGUGCAAAGUUGGGGAAGAAUCGGGUAAAACCCUAAAACUUCGGGCUCUAAAUAUAAUGUCAUUUGAUAAUCUACAUUCAAUAUAACAUUGUUUCCAUGGCAAAUCCUCUGCAUUUAAUGACCUCCGUGCAGCAGAAUGGAGGAAAAAUCAAGCGGUACACUUGUGAUUCGCAGAUGUGCCAGUUCUUUGGAGAAUCAGGAGACAGCUACUGAGUCAAUUUGAGCACAUGCACAAUUGGCAGUGUCAGUACUAACACUGUCAAAAGUAGUGAAAGCUUACAAAUUACAUUUCCGCAGUUACAGAUUCAUAAUGCAUACAUUAUAAGUAGAGCUGUGCGAAUGUUCGAAAUUUCUAACAUGAAACGAAUAUCUGAUGCUAUUCGCAACCUGUUUUCAGUAUUCAAAAUUUUCGAAUAUUUUUCGAAUAGUACUGAAGCGAGGUAUCGUUAUCGCCAUUCUGCAAGUGGGCUUCGCCUCAUUACAUCCAUUGGUUAGGUGAAGCCCACUUCACGGUAUUGCCAUUGCUCGUUUGAUGUGCUGUUCCAUUCUGCAAGUCGGCUUCACCUCAUUACUGUCGAGCGUUAGGUGAAGCCCGUCUUACAUCGUUUACAAUAUUCUGUUUCUAAAGCCUACAAAUUCUAUGAGCUCAUGGUCAACAUUAUACUCUAGGCAUUGCAAGUUCCAGUAAAUGUACUCCCAACUCUGAGAGUUAUGUUCAGUAAGAGAUGGAAAUAUGUUCAGCUUCUAAAAAGAAAAAGUACAGGAAAUUCACAAUGUGAACAUAGAAAUGAGGAGAUGCACACAAAGCAGGCUGCAUGGAACAUGUUGACUAACUCUCAAUGCAUUGCAUCCCACUAUUGCUGUCUACCAUGCACAACACAGAGGGACCCUUCUCUCACGAUAUGUUAUGCUGGUUGAAAAGGCUCACAUGUUUGGAGCAGAACAUCAUCUUAUGAGCACAACACCACAAAAUAUUUUGCCAUUAGGUAUUCGAAAUUAUUCUAAUUGGGCCUUUUCUGAUUAUUCGAAUUUGAUUUGCCAUCUGAAGAAAUUAUUCAGAUUUGAUUCGCAGUGUAAGUAAAAUAUUCGGAAACUAUUUGCAAUGGAAAUUUUGCUAUUCGCACAGCUCUAAUUAUAAGAAUUCUUAUGAGCAUUUUUUUUUUCAUUUUGCGUGUUUGAUAUCACAUACUACGCUGUGCUGUACCAUGCAAAACCACAAACAUUAUCUGAAAUAACAUCAGACUCCUAUACCUCACGGUUUAACUACUACUACUUAUUACAUUGUGUAUACCUACAUUCCCAGCCCAAACUUUAGCGUUGUUCUUACAUUUCUAGAUACGUUUACCAUAGUAAUUUUUUGCCUACAGACUAUCUAUCUGUUUCUUGCUUCAGAACAUCCAUUUUUUAGUCAGAAUCUGCACUGGAUGUGCCAUGCAAAGGUUUGUUAUCCAUCACAACAUUGUAUCAAUUAUGAAGUUUCAUGCUCAACUUUAUACUGUGCUGAGCUGUAGAUUUACAGAACAGGUGUCGUAUAAUGCCUUUCUUAUCAGCAUACCUUUAUCAAAAGUUUGUGCAUAUUAGUAAAAAAUGCUGAGAUAUUUUUGCACAGCUUGCAGUGCCCUACUUAGAAGUCACAGGCUGGCAACUAUUGCAGAAGAGACUUUUACCCAGAAUUUUUAUUGUACAGAUAUUUAUUCAAGUUAUUUUGCCAUAUAUAGAGUGAACUGUCUGGUACAGUCCUCAGAGGUACACAGUUUUCAAGUUUACGGGCUCAUAAUAAUUGCUUGAACUCAAACGCAAACUAGCUGCCCUGUAUUUCCCAGACAAACUUUUAGCACAAGGCUGAUGUUGACAGUCCACAAACAUUUAAGUAUUAGGAUUCAUUCAGACAUUAAGGUAUAUUAGGAUUAGGUAUAUGUUUACUCUUCAGACCUCUGUUCCUAUAACACGGUAGCUUUAUGUAUUGUGUGAUGUUCAAGGGCUUGAAUACUUUACAAGUGCAGCUGACAAUAUGAUAUGUUUGGUUGUGACAUAUCAUGUUUAUGACAUGUUUCAAACUUUUUUAUGCAAUUUGCAGCUCGUUUUCUGUGUUGUUGGGCCACAGUGAGCUCAACAGCACUUUUUGAUAAUUUUUUGAAGUAAGUUAGUGUUUCAAACUGCCAUGUAAUGUGAAUAAUGUGAAUGUGUUAGAUUCUGGAGAUUGUACAGGUGCUUUAGUGUUGUGAUCCAUCUGCGUACAAUGACUUUCUUGCCAUCGUAAUGUGCAUACAAAUGCUGGUACAGUGUGACACAUUUAUGUAAUAUUUAUGAUGUAAAUUUGCUCACAACAGUGCAAGUUGAAUAGCUUUGAAUGGGUUAGGUGUUGCCAGUAUGCUACUAUACAGCCAGUAACAACAACAAAAGUAUUCAGUAGAGUUCUACAUUCUUUUUUUUUAGGCUAGACCAGUUUGGGGUCAUGUCAGGCUUGUAAGUUUCAAAUCACGCUUGAGUGUUCCAUAUUCCCAUUCAUUGCAUAUGCCCAUGUGUUGUUGCACGUUAGCACUCAGCUUGCAUUUACCAGUGCUGGUGUGCACAUAAGCUGGUGGAGAGGAUUUUGUAGUACGUGAGUGUUUAUGGACAGUAUUAUACGUACAAAAUGUUGAUAAGUCAGUCAGUAUUAUAGAGUUAAGAGACAUGUGGUUGCUUUUUUUUUAAGUACCUUGCAUGCAAUUAUGUCUACUUCGUUGUUAAGUGGCAAGCUCAAGUUUGUUGCUUCUCUAGUCCUUCAGUCAGAAAUUAUAUUGUAGUAUUGUAUCAUGGGUGUGUUAGAUGAUAUCACAAAAUUUUAACAUUUAUUUACUACAUAGAUGAAACUAUACAAUGAUGUGAGCUCUUUUCCCACAAUGUGGAUUAUAUUAGUAUACUGUCAGGCACCACUAUUUUAUACUGGAACACAUUAUUCCUAGUUUGCUAGAUUAUAUGUUUAAACCCUGAAAAUAUGGCACAAAGGUUUUUAUUGGUGCACCAAGCAAUCUUUCACACACACACUUUCUUUCAAUAACAAAAACACUUUCUAGUCAAUAAGAAAGGAGUAUCAACAUAGUAAGUGCAACUCAAAGGAUGAGGCUGCUACUUCUAUCACUGCAACACUAGAAAAUUGUAUACCCAUUAUUGAUUACCUACAUAAUUCAUUAGCUAAGUGCAUAAAGGUCAACAAGCACGCACAAUCACUUAAUUUCUGUUAAUUUUUCCCACAUCUAAUUUGCUUUUCAGAAUUCAACACCACAUAGCUCUAACUGCAGAACAGAUAAUCGUGGCACUGAACAAGUUUGUUUAAUGAAGCUAAGUUGAAUGAUACAUAUCAGUAUUACAAUCAUGUUUGCAUACACUGAUUCAACAUGGGAGACAGCAUCUACAGCUACAUUUCAGCAUUCCUGUAUCAGCAAAGGGAAUACAUAUACGUACAACUUGCGCUUUUGGCAGAAUAUGUAGUGCCCUCUGCCACUUUCAAGGGAAUUCGGGACACUUUGUACCCACGCUAGGCAUGCAUAUGUUUAAAAGUAACAAAAAGCAGAUACCAAUGUCAACAUUAUGUGUGUAGUAUAUUUCCAAUGGGCAUACUUGGAAGCGUAACUCGCCGAGACUGAAGGAGGUGGUGUGCAUAUUGUGCUUCAGUAUAUUAGGUCACGUAGAUAAUUUGUACAUAAGCCAUGCUAGCAGUGAAGCUUGUAAUCAAAUGUUGAGAUGUGCACAUGUGUUCAAAUUGUGUUCAUUUUAUAUAAUGUAUGUAUUUAGCAGCGUUUUUUUCCUGUUCGGAAGUUUUGUGAUGCCGCAUGCUUCAAACUGUGGUAUGCGCUAUAACAGGUCUUUCUUGAUUCAGCUGAGUUUUUUUUUCAUCUUGCCCAGAACCGCAUUGGGAAUUCGAGUGUGGAAUAGUGUUGGUUAUGUGCAACUACAGCUUGCGUUUCCUAGCAUAUAUUAUGUUUUACUUCCGUUGAAAAAGAGACAAAGGCCUUUUGUGAGAAUACAUGUAUGUUUACACCAGUGGCAGUUGCAAAUGGAAUUACACAUUCGUAGAGCUUCAA